AGAAACAAUCAGCGCAUUCGGCGUCACACUUUUCUUGGCAUUCAAUAGUACCGUAUUAUUGAAUUGAACUUGUGUCCAAAACAAGGAUCCACGAGAAAUUGAAACUACUACGGUUCGAGAACAUUCUCGAUCUCAGAAUAUUCUUAGCAUAGAUACGUAUUUUAUUGUCCGAUUGAGUAUCAACAAUAACUGAUAUUAUGGGUACCAUAUCACAACUUCGUACUGUAUACCUCGUUUCUGUCGUCGUUCUUUCGACGUUGCUGUUGCAAUCUUCACAAGCGUUCAUGCUUGCACCAACAGCAGCAUCGACUAGAUAUUCGACAUCGUUCUCCCUUCCAGCUUCCGCCGCAGCAGAAAAUGAGGUGGAAUCGACCCUGACACCGAAAGACAAAAAGGUCUACCAAUUCCUCCAAGAGCUCUCCGAGUCGAAUCUUACAUUUCGAAUCGUCGUAAUCGGCAAUGGUGCCAUUCUGGAAUCCACCAACCUCCUAGGACCGACCUUUAAACUCGGACAAUCUCCGAAAACCGGCAACCACAUCGUCACCUUUGCUGCCGAGGACCAAUCUUUUGAAUUCCACGUAAUGCCGGGCCAGGUGGCUUCGGUUGCCCUUGUCGAAAAAGAAAGCCCCAUCGGGAACAAGACAAUGAGAUUGAUGAGAUUGCUCAAUGCCGAUGGAGGUUCGAUCUGUUCCCUUAUAUUGGCGGACGACUCGCAAGCUGCAAGCGAUUGGUACGGUGGCAUGACCGAAACAUACGGAUCGGACUUCGAGUUUUGAAAGAACCAAAAACAUAAGAAAAAAAGAAACCUCCUGCGAGAGGGACCUUCGUCUUCCAUCAUACCUAACUAGAUCAUAUCUCCAGAGAUAAACAUUGACAGAAAUAGAGAGACUAUAUUGAU